CAAUUUUGACAGCCUCGUCGUCAUCCACAGCCUCGAGCUGCAUGGGUCUAAGCGAUGGCUUGUCGCGUGUCUAGGAGCUUUUGUCUGGCUCUGGAUUGCUCAGUCCCAAGUUCAAAUCUGCGACCGAAAUGUUGGCGAUCAACUCUUUGACAGAUUGAAACAUCGACAGACAUUCGGACAUCUUCACCUACCGGUUGACACGAAACCUUCCAAGACAAGACUCUGGCUUCGACGAUCGAGGCCUCACCCAACAUGGCUCCCAGCUUACCACAAUUCUCUGCUGCUCGCAUGCGCUCAUAUAUAUUCCGUCUGCCGUUGUUCACAAGGGGAAUAAUAUUUGCUAUAGUUGCUUUGUGGCUUGCGAGUCUGCUUCCUGUGUUGGAUGUACAGCAAUGGGGCUCCUUAAUACCGAAAGAGAUUGGCAUCAGUACCAUGUAUAGGACGAAUACAUUUCCGCUGGUCCAUGCCGGCUUCUUCCACGCUUUCAUGAAUUUGUUGGCUCUAACCCCUUUGUUGGAACGAUUCGAAGCCGAAUAUGGCACUCUUACUACACUGGCAUUGUUUCUCGGACCUUUGUCGACUAUUCCUGCGCUCCUCUAUACCUUCAUCGAGAGAGGGAUCUUGGGCAUGAAUACUGCAGUGCUUGGGGCUAGCAUUUGGGUGUUCACUCUGAUCGCUGUGGAAGCCGUCAAAACAUACAAGUCGAAUCCGUACUUCAUGCUCGGCUCAGCACAAAUACCGACUUGGAUUACUCCUUUUGUCUUGGUAUUAUUCGUGUCCUUCCUGAUCCCGAAUACCAGCUUUCUGGGCCAUGUUUGUGGCCUCGCAUUUGGCUAUGGCUGGGGACUUGGAUAUCUCAAAUUCCUUGCACCACCCGACUGGGCUCUACGAUGGAUCGAAGGAAAAUUGAACCUGCUUGGGAGACUACCACAUUAUGUCUCUGUGGAUCAGAAGACAUACGGACGAUACGGUGUUCUGCCAACCACAAACCCAACUGAAACUUCCGGAGUGCUGCUUCGGCGCAAUUCAUUAAUCCUUAAGCUCCCACCAUACCUCUCCUUCCUUUGUAUAGCGAUCGGAGUCGCCUGGCUUCUUGUUCUACCUCUAGAUGACUACUCUCGAAAGACGUACAUAUCUGAGAAUGCGCUGCUUCCGGGACAAGUACAUACCUAUUUCGCGGGGAGCGACCAGAAUGUGUUCCGAGGAUAUAAGCAUGAAGUCGAUGCGUUAGAAGAAAAGAGCAAUAUCGAGGUGAAUGAUAAGUUGGAGGAGUUCUUCAAGGCUUCUGGAUUGAAGAUUGCGAGGCAGAGCUACGAAUACAAAUCUGCUGGAGAGACGUAUAAAGGAGAGAACAUCUACGCUAUAUUGCAUGCCCCGAGAGGAGAUGCCACGGAAGCCAUUGUACUCGUUGGAGCUUGGAGGAAUAUUGAGGGCAAGCUCAAUCGAAGCGGAGUAGCUCUUGUCUUGACUCUGGCUCGAUACUUCAAAAGAUGGUCCCUCUGGUCGAAGGAUAUCAUAUUCUUGAUCACCGCAGACAGUAAGGCAGGACCUCAAGCUUGGGUUGAUGCUUACCAUGAUACACAUCAGUCUCCAGCUAUUGCUUCACUUCCAUUGAAGAGUGGAGCUUUGCAAGGAGCUGUGGUCAUCGACUAUCCAUUCGAUCAUCGCUUCGAGUCCAUACAUAUAGUAUACGACGGCAUCAAUGGCCAGCUUCCCAACCUGGAUCUAUUGAACACAGUGGUCUCCAUUGCAAGCGGCCAGAUGGGGAUUGGAGUCUCACUACAGCAAAUGUGGCAUCACACAGACAACUACAAAGACAGACUGAAGACCAUGCUCCGAGGAAUGAUGAACCAAGGUUUAGGACACGCAUCAGGACCUCACAGCAGUUUUAUCCCUUACCACGUGGAUGCUAUCACUCUACAGCCUUUCGGCGAAGGUUGGCAAGAUGAGAUGGCUAUGGGAAGAGUUAUUGAAAGCACAUUCCGGAGUCUGAAUAAUUUGCUGGAACACCUGCAUCAGAGUUUCUUCUUUUAUUUGCUCAUGCAAGCCAAUCGGUUUGUGAGUAUUGGUACUUACUUACCCAGUGCUAUGUUGGUGGCUAUCAACUUCACUAUUAUGGCCAUCUUUCUCUGGGUGAAGAGUGGAGCUGUCGAGGAGCCGAAAACUAAGACUGCUUCGACAAUUGAGAGUGGAGAAGAAAAAAGUCAACUUGUCGUUGUCCAAAAAGGAGACGCUAAAGCUCUUGUUCCUGAGGAGAUAUUGACCGUUCGAGAAAGAGAGUUGUUCGUGCCUCUCGCGGUAGUCGCUGGAUCCCAGUUUCUAGGAGUUUUACCCCUAUACAUAUUCAACCACACACCACAGAACAUGCUCCGAUCAAUGUUCAUUAUCUUCGCUAUAAUCAACAACAUCUUCCCCAUCGUCCUAUCUAAAACUAUCAUCCAAUACUUCUCCCCAACGAUUCAACAAUACCAACUAAUCAAAGCCUUCUCCCUCCUCCUGCUAGGAAUGUUCCUCUCCUCCCUGGCAACCCUCAACUUCUCCCUCGCUUUUCUAGUCGGUCUCUUCUCUGCCCCACUCACCUACAUUCAACCCCUCCCGAACAAACCCAUCAUCUCCGGCAUCCUCGCCAUUCCACUAAGUUUGUUGGCACCAACGACCAUCAUGGUAGCUGGGACGUGGUAUUGGGGCCUAGAUAUUGGAGAGGUGUUAAAGGAGGCAGCGUUCGGAUGGGAUGUUUGGGGAAUGAACACCCAGGUUGUGGUUUGGUGUGUUUGGUGGCCAGCUUGGGUUGUGGGGAUGAUCUUGUUGUUUGGGAGUCCGAGGGAAGAGACCAGGGGGAAGAAGGUUGAGAAGUAGAUGUUGAUAGAAUAGAAUCCAGUCGACGAGAUUCAUUUUGCUGUAUUGCUG